GUGAGGUCCUGCUUCAAGUGGAGCAAAGUAUAUACAGUUCAUUUAUUGCUGGAACAACAUUCGUAAGGCCAAAUUUACUACAAGGAUAGAUCCGAGGACAUGCAACAGUGGAGUUCUUCCUUGGAUAUCCUAAUGCAGCGUGGAAACGAAAACCAGUCUCCAUACGAAUUACUAACGGCUGCCAGACAGGAUGAUAUAAUUUUUGAAAGUCAACAGAGGAAGGCUCCUUCUAAGUCUGAGAGAAGAAGACGUACAAACUAUACUAAUCGCCAGAAAGAAGUUUUAGAGGAAGUGUUUGCUGUAUCCAAAUACCCAGGAAUUCAAAUGCGAGAAACACUGGCACAAGCCCUAGGACUUCCAGAGUCAAGGAUACUGGUGUGGUUCCAGAACCGAAGAGCUAAGCACAAUCGUACCUGCAAAGUGUCAUGCAGGUCUUCAGGUUCCAGUGCUGCUACUAGCUAUGUCAAUGAAAUUCCAACACAGUCCAUGAGUACUGAGGCCUCCCAGCCAGUCUGCCCUGGCACUGACAUGAGGUUAGCCUACAGUGAAAAUUCUACUACAGUGAAUUCACUGUCCAGUGCUCAUAGUAUGACAGAGCGAAGUCAUGUCACCACAGAGGAAGUACAGAAGAACAUCAUGAUCAGAACAGAUGCUAGUACUGCAUUUUCCAUUCAAGGAGCAGUAAGAAGUAACGAUUGUAGUGCUGGGGCUCUUAAAGGCCGACCCCAGCUCACUGGAGGAGCUCAGAAUGAGAAUACAAGUGGCAAACACAUAAUUUCAAGAACUGUUGGAUUCUCUGAAUCAACACAUGUGAACAUUGCAGCUAAUUCAACAUCUAUGGGAAAUACCUACAUGACAGCUCAAGGAAAGAGUACAACCUCGUCAAGUCUUACUGUAACUGACUAUAAGAAACUGUCUGACUUCCCCCAAGAUUUAAGAGCUGUUUAUGACUGUGUUCCUCCCAAUCACACCAUUUCUGUUGAUAUGAAAGAAAAUAUUCCAGCCUUCCCUGCCUUUACUAAUGCAAGGGAUAGAAGAACUGUCUAUUCUCUGCCUACAAGCCAGAAUACUCCUAUGAGAUCUUGGCAUGAAAAUUCAACCUCGGAAGGACUGAUGCAUUUAGAGAACACAGAUUUUGAUGUCAGCCUAGUUUGGGACUUAUAUUUUAAGGACUGAUUUUAAAGUGCUUCCUUUGAAUAUGGUAUAAUCAAAUUCUGUUUUUAGAUGGUUUUAAUGUUCAGAAAUGACAGUGAUAUAGGUGAGGCAUCUUCAAGGAAAGGGCCUGCUAGUCAUGUCAAGCCAUACAAACACAUGUCUAUGUUACUGAAUGUACUUGAUUAGAAAUGUUGGUUAUUGUGAAAGAACAUUUGUUCUGCCAGUAUUAAAGCUUCCUUUGUCUGCAUGAACUGGGUGUUCACUUUUGCAUAAUUUCAGUAAAGACAGGUGUCCAUUAUUGACAGAAGAGGGGACUAUAAUGUUGGCACAAUAUGGGGGCCGUGUAGUUAUACUGCAUUUACAAUACAUCACAGUAAAACAAAAUUAUAACUGCAGUCCAAUAAAAAAAUUGCUGCUGCCUCCCCUCAUACAAAUCUGUAUUGUAGCAGGGUAUGUGGAUUUAAUUCAAAGCCUGGGCAUGUUUCUAGAGUUCUCUCAGUGGAACAGAGACCCACAAUGCCAUUGACCUAGGUUUUGACUAACAGCUAGGGAACUGGAAAGUUAGCUGGGAUGCAGUAGCCAGAGGAUACAAAGCAGAGAUCCUUUCUAAGUGGGGUGGAUAAGCAGCAAAGGGUUGUGGUGGUAACCUGUUGCAACAUCUGGUGGUGUUCUUGGAACUAUCCUGUGAUGGAGGGCCUGGGGCUGCGGGCUGACACCGGGUGGUACACAGGAGCUUGCAUGCAUAAUAGUUUGUUUACAGAAUCAAGAAGUAUAAGUACUUAUAGCAAACCAGUACCUGUUCUACAAUGGCUGCCAUUCUGAAUGACAUAAUAUUGCCUGUAUUCCCCCCCAUUUAGUAGUACAUGUAGUGCUGGAAAACUUGUUUUUCCUUGUAGAUGGAGGAAACGUGACAUGGGUUACACCAAGCAAAGUUAGUAACAAUAAGAGGCAAAAUGAGGAACAGUGGGAGAGGCAGGGAAGGGUCAGGGUGUGAAGUGCAUGUAAAGUAUAGCAAUGGCUGUAGUUAAGUACUGCACCAUAAUAGACUAUGGAACUUUUUAUUUUUUAUAUUAUUAUUAAUGAUGCUAAUGUACCUUGAUUAUUUUAAUUUAAAUGUA